AUGACGGACACAAAGCGACGUCUAUACACACAGGUGAGAGAGAUCCUGGCAGACGUGCAACAGAAGUGGCAAUCCGCCAACAACAGCACUGUCCUCCCGGUGCUGGUCGGGUUCCACGUCCGUCGAACUGACUACGCAAGCCACGCCAGUUGGGCCUUCGGAAGCAAACUGCCCGGGACCACGUACUUCACGCGGGCCCUCAACUACUACAGGAAGAAGUUCUCCAAUAAGGUGGCCUUCGUGGCGGCUUCGGACGACAUGGCCUUCGUCAGGAGGAGCCUCGGUAUGCACUCGGAUGUGUAUUUCUCCUCAGGUAAGGAUGGAAUGGCUAUGCUGGGAAUAUUAAGGGGUUUUACCCAUGUAUACAGGUAAUUCCAGUGAAAGAAAUAUUGGCGCGGUAUAAGACGGGUGUAAAAUGCAUGCUUGGAAACGCGUACUGCCAUUCAUAGAAAAGUACAGAUAUACCCAUAGACACAUGUAUAAUAUGCAUACACACACACG